CCAACUGUUCUUAAGAAUCGACCCCUAGUAUAAAGAGUGGAUAGGGGAGGUCAUGAGGUGAGAAGAGCGGCGUGCGAUAAAGAAGUGGGAUAGAGGCUGCAGCAUAUUCACAUUUAUUCAUUUUCGACGUAGUUCUGCGAGCCCUACUUCGGACAGAAGCAUGGAAAGGAAAAGGUGGGAGUGCUCGGCUCUCCCAAAUGGUUGGAAAAGGGAAGAAGUGACCAGAAAGUCGGGCUUGUCCGCGGGGAAAAGCGAUGUCUAUUAUUUUAGUCCUACAGGAAAGAAAUUUCGGAGUAAACCACAAUUGGCACGUUACCUGGGCAACUCUAUGGACCUGAGCUCCUUUGAUUUUCGUACAGGAAAAAUUAUUAUGAGCAAACUGAACAAGAACAGGCAUCGUCUGCGCUAUGACCACAGCGGUCAGACCAGGGGUAAGCCUGAUCUGAACACCUCUCUACCAGUGCGACAGACAGCCUCUAUCUUCAAACAGCCUGUUACCAAGGUCACAAACCAUCCCAACAACAAAGUGAAGUCAGACCCUCAGAAGGCUGUGGAUCAGCCAAGACAGCUGUUCUGGGAGAAGAAGCUUAGUGGACUGAAUGCAUAUGAUAUAGCUGAAGAGUUGAUGAAGACUAUGGAUCUUCCCAAAGGCCUACAAGUGUCCUCCACUGCAGGGGUUGGCCCAGGCUACACGGAUAAAACUCUGCUGUCUGCCAUUGCCAGUGCCCUGCACACCACCUCUGCCCCCAUCACAGGCCAGCUGUCUGCUGCAGUGGAGAAGAACCCUGGAGUUUGGCUCAACACCACACAGCCUCUCUGCAAGGCAUUCACAGUCACUGAUGAGGACAUCAGGAAGCAGGAAGACCUUGUGUACAGUGUGAGGAAGCGGCUGGAGGAGGCUCUAAUGGCAGACAUGUUAGCUCACGUAGAAGAGGCUGCCCUUGAUGCAGCGUCUGUGAAAGAGGAGGCCAGCGGCAAUGAAGAGACAGAGACUGUAUAGCCAUGUGAUGUUGAAGGGAGCAGUGUGGACCACAGAAUUCCCCUGCUGUGCAGAUAGACACACAACGUUAAAAAGGACCUGAUGGCUCAUGCUGUCCCUCGAUGUAAAAGUAAUAUUUUUUUUUCUGUCUUUUCUAUGUCUAUGUUUUUACAGUGCUCCUCUAAAUUAACUGAAACUUAAUGUUUUACAUAUGCAGUUCCUAGGAACAGUUUGUAAUUUUCAACUUUGCUAUAAUUAGUAGUAUUUUUACUUUCAGUUGCUGUGUAUUUUAAGUGCUUGUGUCUUGCCAUACUCCAAUUGUAUAUGUGAGAAUGGUGCUUUAUGUUCUCACAGAUGCAUAGUUUGCCAUUCGCUACAGGCAAUACAGUUUUUUAAGUGGCAGUUUUACAGGAGUUGUGUUGACAGUGCUUCUCUAGACAACACUAGAUGGGGAGUACAAGCAACCCUGCGGUCUGUUCUUCAUAUUCUCAAACUAAUAAUAUUGUUAGAGCUGUUGCAGGAGUUACAGUCUUAAAGUCCUACUUACAGUCCUGUCUGCUACAUCUGUAUUGUACUUUUGAUUAUCAUGGACAAUUUCACUGCAUUUCACUGUACUUAAAUAGCAUAACGAAAAACCUGUUAACACAAAUCACUUAUAAUAGAAGCCACUGGACAGUUUCCAAAAUGCAUAGAUGUUUAUGUGAGGAAAAUAAAUAUGUGGGAAACACUGAAGGACAUCUAUCUAUCCUAUCUAUCUAUCUUUGUGUGUGUAUAUAUACACGCACACAUACAUACAUGUAUACAUAUGUAUAUGAGUCAGUGGUUUCACCAUUAUCAUUACAGUGGAGGCUACACGUUACUUUUGUUAGUUUGCUGCUCAUUGAUUUGUCCAUAGGUCACACAUUAGCACUGUCCAGUAUAGUCUGAACAUACAGAAGGUGUGUUGUGUGUUUGUUUUUUGUUUUUUUUUUAAAAUCUGUAUUUGAACAAGAGGGCUACAAUCAUGGAUUUGAUCAUAGCAACAUACACAGGCAGCUGGGCUUCACCUUGCACUAUUGUGGAUGGUUUCAAGGGUUAAACUAGGAAAAUGUGUUGUGUUAAAUAUUUGUUGUUAAUUUAUUGCAUUAACAUGCUAUUAUUCUUUGACAGACAUUUUUUUGCAUAAACCCGUAUUUACAGAAUUUGCCGACUGUCCAGAGCCUUCCAUUAUAAGUGUGUUUUGAGUCAGGGUACGUGUGUGUGUGUGUGGUGUGUGUGUGUUUUUUUUUUUUUUUUUUUUUUUUUUUUUUUUUUUUUAAAGUACAGACAGUCUUGUCAAAACUACUGUCUGUUGUAAUCGAGUGUAUGCUAAAGGUUAUGCUGAAAAUGUUUUUUUUCUUUAACAGUUCCAACCUUAUUCUACUAUUUAUGUUGAAUUUUCUACCCCUCAGUGAAUUCUCAGAGCAUGUGACAGUGAAACACUGAAAUCCUUUAAAACAAAGGUUUUAAUAUUGGUGCUUACCUUUUUUCUGUACAUUAUGACUACAGGGCCAUGAUUGGCAGGUUUUUGUGUCAGGGAGUCAAGAAUUUAUAAAUUGUAGAGAAUUGUGAAAUGAAUGUUACAUUGGUCAUUCUGAAAGCCACAAGAAGCUGCCAUCAAUGUUUUUUUCUUUAUUUAAAAGCUCUCAGUGUCCAGCAAGUGAAAAAAAAAAAAAAAAA